AUGUCAUUCGUGGGAGCUGGGUUUUUGGCCCCAUACCAUCAUCCCAACUCCUUCAACGGAUCGCCCAAGGACAAAUCUGCUAGACCUAGUCCAAAAGACGAAUACAAGACGCAAAAGCCAAAUGCCGUUGAGUCGUCCAGUCCCAUCUCCGCCGGAGCUACCCAGGGACGAACAAGCCAGAAUCGAAAGCGCCUUGUUUUCGCCGAUCCCGUCGCUUUUCGCUACCUGGAGGAAGAUCCGGCAACGGAUGCUAUAGAACGAUGGAGGCGGCUUGAAGGGUAUGAGAUGUACGUGGUUGAGCAGUGGGCCUGCUCGAGAAGUCAUCCCACCUUUAUUAUUUGUACCUACACAGGCGACCCUUCGCACUCAAUCUUAGUCAACGUCCUUGCUGUGCCCAGUGAUGAGAGCACAUGGUCUCAAAGGCUGCAGGUCUAUUUCCAAGCGGUCUCUCAAUAUCAUGCCAAGGAGAAAGACACUCCUUUGGGCGCCCUCAUGGUCACCAACCUCAGUGGGUUUCCAUCAGCCCUUACCGUGAUUCCUGUUCCGGACGGCGAUGUCAGAAAGCAUCGAGAUGACUUCAUUGUCAACGAGGACCUCAAACGUAUGGGGUGCUCAGGGAGAGCUGGCAUCAACUUGCAGCCGCCUCAGUCCAGUACCGUUGCUAAGUUCCACCACCUCUACCGGACGAGUGAGGCCGUGCCACUAUAUCAAUCCGUCAUGGAACUUGUACGAACAUGCCAGAUCGCUUUGGUCAUGUACGACAAACUCCAACCAACAUAUGCCGACGGCUUGCUUUGCGAUGUAACUGAGCGAGCCGUCAACGACUGGUGGACAGAUAUCGGGACCUAUUUCUACAAUGUCGAACCGAGCGACGGAAUCCUUGGACCAACUACCGUGGCCGCUCUUCUUGGACUUCUAAUCGGAGCUUACAAUCGCCUCAAAGCCUUCGGAUCUCCUGUGGGGAAGGAUGUCUUGGACACCGUCUCAAUGAAAAGGGCCAUCGGCCAUUUUCAGAAAGGCCAAAAAAUGGAAAAGACUCGACGGCUCGAUCGAGAGACUCUCGAUCGUCUUCACAGGGCGACGGCGAAAAAUGCCAGCGGUGAGGGUUGGACGGUACCAAAGGCAGUCAAGUCCACCGUUGCUGAGCUCAGUGGCAAAGGAGGGGAGAUGGUCAUGGGUAUAGUGGGCGGUCGCGACAAAGCCGGCAUUUCGGAAGCUGAAACCAUGGACAUUGAACGUUUUGCUCAGCUGGUCACUGGUCCGAAGAUGAAGUGGCUCUGGCAGGGAAAGCCCAUCAAGUCGGGCGAUCCGUUCGCGUGGCCAACUGGUGACCUUGAUCUACAAGGCAGAGUGUUUAGCACAGAUGACCAAGGCAAUUUCCUAUGGACGGGCAAUCAGCAUGACUCCACCACGGAUGGAAACGCCCUGGAACGGACAGACACGAUGUACACGAAUCAAUCGGACACCAAAUCCGGCCGACACCGAUUAAGAGGAGCUGUUGGGGGCCUGAGAAGCUAUAAUCAUCGUUAUCAGAAAGAUAUUGACGAGGGCCAGGAUUGGGUUGAAAACGCCGUGACCAGAACCCACCUUCGAGAGAACACAUCGAGGACGACAACUGGGAUCCCGCCUCCAUCUGAACCUCGUGCCUUUGAUAUGGCCCUAGUCCACACUGAGCCGGGUUCGCCUCAUGCCGAAAGGCGCCAGCCCCUACGCCGAACUCAGACGACGACUGAGAAGAGAAUGCCAUCACACAGAGAGCAAUUACGCCCCGCCUUGCCAGGCGAUUCGCCCAGGAGGAAGAAGGUCGAUGCCGAGUUGGCCGAUCUACGCAAUGAAUUUAAAGCAGAUAUCUAUCGCAACUUCUCCGCUGCUAUGCCAUAUAAGGGUCCUAGUAGUCUGGUCCUGCGACGGACGCAGAGCAACAUCCAACUAAUCGGCCAUACUAUCGACAGUCCCCGGCAGGAUCGUAUCAAUCGACGCCUUUCCUUCAGCGUGGUAGAAAGCGCGGUUCUGGACACAGGUAAAAAUAUCGUGGAGGAAGGCGUUGUGAAGGGCAAAAUCGAGGGAGACCUUACCAAUGCACUAGCUGAACGCGAUGCCCUGGUGGCCUCUGCCCAAAAGAAGGCUAAACGUAUCCAGCGCAUUCAGCAAGGGUUGAUCCCAUACACUGAAAGCCGGGUCAAUCAUGUUGAAAGCCUAGACCGAAUUGCACAUCAACAUCUUGAAGAACUCAACGAACUGUACUAUCAACGCCUGGAAGAGUAUCAGACCCUACAGGCUACCUCGUCCGAUCUUGUGUCGCAGGAGAAGACGGCUUUGACAGAAAGUUUCCGACGCAUGGAAAUGUUGGGUGCGAAAAUGGACUAUGAAUUGGACAGCCUGCAGAGUCGACUGCAGGAGGUGGAGGAUGGGGUGGAUGACUUUGAGAGGAAUGUGUUGUUGAUCGAGGCGCGGGCGAGGGAAUUGAAUGGUGAGGACGAAGGACCUCCGCCAGGUUCAUCAUGGAUUGCACGAAUGAUCAACUUUUUGGGCACGAAGAAAUAA